AACUCACUUCAGAGGGUAGUAGCGACGACCUCGCUAGGCUGGCGGACCCCUGAAACACACGUUUUUUCUGCUGUGACAACUGAACCGACAACUUGUCCAGAGUACAGGAUCUGGAGUUGCGGACUGUCUGAUGGCGGCAGCGCUGGAGUUGUCAGACUCGACGGCCAUCAUCAUUCUGGCCUCCAUUGCCGGAGUCUACUUCAGCAUCACUGCGGCGUGCUCCGUCGUCAUCUGCCGCAUCCUCUACAAGAAGCAGUGUAGGUCGCCAGACCUUUCCUCUAAGUUCUCCAGCCCGGCACAGGGCAAGAUCCAGUAUGAACUGAAUGACUUGAGAGGAACCGCAAGGGGGAUCAGAGACAGCACUGACUUGGUUCCUGGAGGCAGAGCUGGCAAGUGGAGACAGUACAUGUCAUCGAAUCAACCACUAAACGCAACGGAACGACGUCGCAGCAACACAAUGGCAGCCACAGUAAUACCUAUACCCAGGAUCGACCGAAACUGUAAGCUUGUGUGUCAUGAAAUACCAGCCAUAGAGGAAGUGGGUGCAGGAGGAGAGGAGGAGGAGGGGGAGGGGGAGGAAGUGGGGAGGGAGGGAACUGGAGUCACGGAGACAGCCACUGAGACCACAGCCAGGGAGAGUGCAAUAAGGAGUCAGUGGAUGGCCAAACGCAAGGUCAGGGGUCGUACCAGCUCCACUAAGCUACUGUUGGAGGAACCAGAUGGGGGCAGUAGCUGGACUCUCACCUCUACUAACGGCGUGAAUGGUCUUACGGGAGACGUGAUGUCGUCACUCAACCUGACAGCCAGUCUGCCAGGCCCUGCUCUGGCCCAGUGUGGCCAGCCUCCCACCACUGUGGGCCAGGGGCCAGUAGUCUCAACCCCAAGACCAGUUCCAGGCUCUGGUCACAUUCACGGACACACACGUUCCGAGUCCCCCGUCGUACUCCAGACCAGUGGUGCUACGGACACCGGUACCAGUCUUGGACAUCGACCCAGAGCCGAUAUCACGAGUGAGGUUCCAGCGAGAGACUCGCCGUCCUCCAUCACCAAACGGCCGGUCCGCAAGACUCACAAGCAGCUGAGUCUCAGCACACACAGUCUACCGCGACAGACAACAGCCUCGACCACAAGGACCCUCGAAACCCAGAUAAGUGCCGGUGGGUCAGGCAUUCUCCCGCCUGCAAAUGACGGCCUUGCAGACAUCGGUGGGAGCCGUCCGAGACUUCGCAGGUAUGCCUCCACUGCAUCGUACACCUCCACACCGUCUCUUGACCCAGUCAUCCUGGUGAGACCUCGAUCGAGAACAGGGUCACGGAGAGGGAGCUACGCUUCAAACACACUUGGGAGGACCAGCUUCGAGCAAGAGCAGUACUCCUCUAUUACCAGUGUAGAAAUGGAGAGGAAUUACUAUACCCUGCAGGCCAGGAGAGCGGGAGGUGUUGCAGGGGUGAGCGAGGCUGGAGGAGGAAGAGAAGGGAGUCCUGAAUGGACAUUACCGACAAAGCAGACAAGUUCAAAGGACGAUAUAAUGGCCGGGAGAGAAGAAAGUCCAACAAAGCUGACAGGCUCUAUAGUGGCUGGGGAAGGGAAAGAAGAAAGUCCAAGAUGGACCCCAACAAAGCUGACAAGCUCUAUAGUGGCCGGGGAAGAGAGAGAAGAAAGUCCAAGAUGGACCCCAACAAAGCUGACAAGCUCUAUAGUGGCUGGAGGAAGCAGGGAAGGGAGUCCAGUUUGGACCUUACCAAGGAGGCUGACGAACUCAAAGGAAGCUAUGGUGAACGAGAGAGACGUCUCGAAGCAUUGCAGAUCCUCCAUGUACAGGACUUCUGAAAACCACGUCCAGACUGCAAUAAACCUCAUGGCCUACUACGAGGGACAAGAAUCCACUGUAUGACAAUUCAAUCACACAAGCCGCAAUAAUAUUAUCUAUUUUUAUCCCUGUCUCAUUCACAGUAUACAUACUUAACUGUAGGCAAAACAGAAUUCAUUUUAAUAUUACCGCAUUGUCUGGAUGUUGUGUCAUAUUAUUACAGACAACCAUGAAAAUUUAAACAUCAAAAAUAGCGCACCCAGCAAGCGGAACAGAAAAACGUAAACAACAGUUAUUGUUGGCAGGUCCAUAUAAUUAAUGAACCGAUGGUUGACAUGUAUCCAUGUUGAAAAUUCAGACUUCUCUUAUCUCGAGGAUCGAAUUGGGGGAGAGGGAGAGGGGCUGAGUGAUGUUCGAUGGAGCAGCUGGAAG